UGUGUGUGUGUGUGUGUGUGUGUGUGUGUGUGUGUGUGUGUGUGAUGUGUAUAAAAAGGUGAUCAUGUGUCCUGUAGAAACAUUAAGGACCUGUUGUCCAACCAAACCUUUUGACUCAGCGCUUCACUUACUGCUCAACUUCACAUCAGACUGAGCUGCAGAGAUGAAGGCUCACCUGCUGAUCUUUGCUGCAGUACUUCUGGUCCCUUGCUGGACGAAGCCCACGAAACCGAAGCCCGGUGCCUCUGCCUCCAAGGCCGGUGCCUCUGCCUCCAAGGCCGGUGCCUCUGCCUCCAAGGCCGGUGCCUCUGCCUCCAAGGCCGGUGCCUCUGCCUCCAAGGCCGGUGCCUCUGCCUCCAAGGCUGGUCCCUCUGCCUCCCAGAACCUCGACCCAAUUACACUGGACAUGGCUCCUGAAUCUGUUGAUGCCGAUUACCGUGACUGCCCAGAUGACAUGGAGACCCAGGUCGAGAACAAAUAUUUUAAAAAUGAGAAUGUGGGAGACUUUGCAAGAUACUGGUCUCAUCAAACAAUUACAGAGUGUUUAAACAAAGGUAACAACGUUCUCACCAAAAACCAGAGACAGGCAAUUUGUCUUUAUACAUCUAAAUACAUGGCUGAAGUAUUCAAUAAAGCAGUCCGGACCAGUAAGAACAUCUAUGGCAGCUCCUUCAAAUUCCACUAUUUACAUUACUGGCUGACUACUGCCAUACAAAAGCUGAAUAAAAUCCAAAAAACCACAGACUGUCCGAUUACUUAUCGAAGAAGCAAACAUAUAUUCACUGGCAAAGAAAAAGACACAAUUCGGUUUGGUGAGUUUGCCUCCAGCUCUACAAGACCAGACCUUACUAAAUAUGGUAGCGAGACCUGCUUUAAAAUUACGACCUGUUCAGGAGCUUCCGUGGGGGAUUAUUCGAUAUAUCCAAAAGAAAAAGAGGUGAUUAUCCCCCCCUAUGAAACAUUCAACAUAACCAGCACUAAUGGAAAACGUCAGGGAGCUCUGAGUGAUUGUCAGAAGUUGUAUGUUUUGAAGAGUGCAGGAGAACAGAGUGAACUAAAAUGCAAACUUGUACGUCAAUCAGAGAGCUGA